UAUUUUCCUUGUAAUGUAUUUUGCUUAUAUUGCUCUGUUUCUGUUGUCAAUGACGAUAUAUCUGGGCUUUUUGUUGUUGUGGUGGUGGUGGUGAAAUAUUUUAUUUAAGCCUCUAGUUAAUAUUUAUGCUUACUUAACAGAAAAUUUGUUGCUUGAGCUUGCUUCAUUUCGUCCUUUUACUUGUUUAAGUCCUCCAAAAAGUAUUCAUUACUUUAAUAAAUUCCCUCACCAGCAUCAUCACCUCUUAGUCAACAAACUGUUUUUUCCCAAAUGCAAAAAAGGAAAAAAAAAUAAAAUAAAGACAAUCAAGAACAACCAUCAACAACAUGAAAAAAAAAAGAGAAGAAAAAGAUAGCUACUGAAAAACAUUACUACCCAUUUUCAUUAUCAUAAUCCUCUACUAUGCUUUUCCACCUUCUAACCCAUUUUUCCAUUGCAGGAUUUAUUGGAGUUGAGGAGUCCCACAAUCUUUAUGUUCUGUUUGUUUCUCCAUCACUUUUUCAAGGCUGUUCAAUUGGAGUUCCAUCUUCAGAUGGAAGUCGUAUUCUUGGCCUCGGUGACCUUGGAGUUCAGGGAAUAGGAAUACCUAGAUUGGAGGGAGAAGAGUAUCUAUCAAUUGUUGAUGAUUUUAUGGAAGCCGUGCAUACAUGUUGGCCUAAAGCUAUUGUUCAGUUUGAGGAUUUUCAAAUGAAAUGGCCUUUUGAAACAUUACAACGUUAUCGUAAGAGGUUCUGCAUGUUCAACGAUGACAUACAAGGAACUGCUGGUGUUGCUCUCGUUGGACUAUUGGGAACUGUGAGAGCUCAAGGGCGGCCAUUGAGUGAUUUUGUUAACCAAAAGAUAGUAGUGGUAGGGGCUGGAAGUGCAGGGCUCGGUGUUCUUAACAUGACUAUUCAGGCUGUUUCGAGAAUGGCAGGGAACAACGAUUCUAGUUUACUUUAUCAAAAACAAAGAAGAAAAGGAAGGGACCACAAGAAAUCAAUGGUGGAAUCGAUCAGGCAGGGUGUGGAAAAUUACAACUCAGUUUUUGUUUUCACUGUUGAGAACAUGAGAAACCUCAAGUUCAAGGAACUCAGGGAGCAGCUGAAGUCAGCUAGCAGGCAAGUUCUACUUUCUGAAUUCUGUAUUAUUUAAUCUGCGUCAUCAUUUCAAAUAUUGAUUAGUGAUACAAAUGUACUUUCUCUAUGUUGUUUGGUUAGCUUCUAGAUAGCACGAGAAAAGAUAUGAAUAAUAAAUAGCAUAUUUUUAAAACUCAAAAGAUAAAAUCAUAAUGAAUAGCAUUCCUUAGGAGAAAGGAUGAGGACACGUUGUUUCUAUAAACCUAAUUUUAGUUUUGCCAGUUUGAAAUACUUGUGUAGUUUAGUUUAGAUAUAUAUUUAAACUAGCACGUUAAAUAAUAGUUUGCCCUGUUUGUGUUUGCUAAGUUUCAACUAAUACUCUCAGUAUUUAUCUUUGUGCUUA